UGCAGUUGUAAGUAGUAGUCCAGCAGUAGUGAAAUACUGUCUAGAUUCUCCUUUAAUAGGUUUGACCGGUUGUAGGUGUUUUGAGAUUACGUUAGGUACUGUAACUAUUGCCAUUACAUAAGCAAAUACUGAAUUCUAUUUGAGAAGUUCAGAGAAAAUGGAUUCAAUAAUAUCAAUUGAAGAACAGGCAUUAGAAAAAAGAAAAAUCUUGAAUGAAGCCAUUUUAAGUGGCGAUUCUCAAGUGCAGAAGUUUUAUGAUGAUGCAGUCGUGUUCGUCACGGGUGCGUCAGGCUUCAUUGGCAAGCAGCUGAUCGAGAAAUUGAUGCGGUCAGCAAAUAUAAGAAAAAUUUAUGUGUUGGUGCGUCCGAAGAAAGGAAAAAGCGGUCUAGAAAGAGUUACUAAAAUUUUGGAGGACCCGGUAUUUACAAUUCUGCGCAAUGAUAAACCUAGUUUCGUGGACAGAAUAGUGGGAAUUGAAGGCGACGUCUCUGAGAUUAAUCUUGGAAUUGAUGACAAAACAUGGGCCAUGCUCACCAAUGAGGUAAACGUGAUAUUUCAUGCGGCUGCUACCGUCAAUUUUGUUGAAACUAUCAAAAUGGCGACCUUGAUAAACAUCCGUGGGACAAGAGAGAUGCUGAAGUUUGCUAAAUCUUGCACGAAUAUUAAGUCGAUAGUUCACGUGUCUACAGCCUACGCUAACGCUACGAAGAAUCGUGUCAAAGAUGAGGUGAAAGAAGACUUCUACGACAGUCCAAUACCUCCAGAUACGUUGAUAGAUCUUGCAGAAAGUGUUCCUGUAGAUACUUUAAACGACAUGAUGACUCCGCUUACCCAAGAUUGGCCGAACAGUUACACCUUCACAAAAACCGUUACCGAGGACCUUAUAAAUCGUCACGCAAGAGACCUGCCUAUUUGUAUCGUUCGACCUGCGAUAGUGACACCAGCGCUUGAAGAGCCGAUGCCUGGAUGGGUUGAUAGAAGAAAUGCUUUAGGACCAAGUGGAGUUAUACUGGGGUUGGGCCUCGGCGUUAUACACGUGAUAGUUGCAAAGGAAGAAGUUAUGAUGGACUUCGUACCCGUCGAUUUAGUUAAUAACGCUAUAAUAGCAGCGGGAUGGGAAACCUAUGAGAAAUUCAAUUCAAGAAAUGACAAGAAAAUAUCCAUAUACACCGUUACGGCAACAAGAAAUCCUAUGAAUUUGCAAUACAUAGUUAACGCAGUCGAGAAUCUUAAAUAUAGCGUAGUGUCAAAACAAGCUAUUUGGCACUGCUUUGGUAUUUUGACUGGAUACAGAUUCACUUAUGUCAUUUUAUCAUGGCUGUUACAUUAUAUACCGGCUCUCAUAAUUGACGGAUGCAGCAUAUUGAUGGGAAAGAAACCAAGGUUAUUCAAGGUAUACAAAUUAGUUGACACACUCUCCGCAGUGUUCGAGUUUUUCUUUACGAACGACUGGGUGUUUCAUGAUGCAAACACUCUCUCACUAUACAACAAACUGUCGGACACAGAUAAGCUGUUAUAUAACUUUGAUAUGGCGUCUGUGGAUUGCAGCAAAAAGAUGUUUGUGUUUUGUUAUGGAGUUAAGAGAUACAUUAUUCAAGAAGAUGAUGCUGAUAUGGAAUACGCGUCAAAAAAACAAUUUUGGUUAAGAGUAGCUCAUUAUACAAUUUUCCCUUUGUAUAUUUAUUCAUUGUAUAAAAUAAUGUAUAUUGCGUUUGGUUUUAUAUACCAAAUCUUGACUGCGAUAUGUCUAUAUUUUUAACAUAUACUGAAAUUAAAGGGAAUUUAAAGUUACUUAUUAUUAAUCGUUGAAAGCAAAAGAUAAAUUGUGUUGUA